AAACGCACAUGUUGCAUGAAUCAUCCAAAAAGCACGUGUAAUUCGGGGGAUCCGCAACAUUGCAAGAAACCUAGGCCCCGGGAGCCGGGACUAGACUAUAUAAGUUGCUUGAUACCCACCCUCCCACCGUCCGCAUCAUGGCCCCGGCCCGGGCCAGACAGGUCACAGGGCCUCCAUUGGGCAGCACGUUGCUGAUUCUUGAUUUCUUUUCCUUUUCUCAUUCUUAUCAUCAUCUCGUUGGUACGGCUCUUUUUUCUCAAUUCUUCCAUUAGCGCAUCCAUCUAACCAUCUCAACGUAUCACUGGAUAUAUACAACCACCAAUCCGUUUUAUGAACAAGAGAUGGAGAGCAAAGGGUCAAUACCUGAGAAGGCCAAGGGCAAAGGAAAGGAUGUUGGGACGUCGGAGGAUGUCGGCCACAAUGGGCAGACCGGGGGCGGGGACGACCUGCUUGCCCGCAUCGCCAAGUCAGCAACAUCACUACCUUCAGCUUUGUUCUCAAAAGAGAACAUGGCCGGCGCAGUUUCAGGGCUAGGCAACGGCGAGAAGGGAGAAGGCUCACGAACGGCGGCGGCAGCGCCAAGGGCCACGGAAAGUCUCGAGCGCGUGGGUGAGAGUUCUGCCCAGCUUCACUCUGCCUCUCAUGGCGCCGAGGCCAUCAGGUCAGCUCAAACACAAGAACAUGUUGCGAUGCAAGAGGCCGAAUUCGCCGCCUUUCUCGACACCACCGAGCCUCUUUCGGCGCCCGAAGGAACAGACGGAUUGCAAGGGACGUGGCAUAUGAGAAGCAAUGUUCCGAGCUCAACAGUACCAACAAUAAACAACCAAUGGACUCCUUCUCUUCCGGCAUCCACUGUCGCCGAACAGGAAGCCCGCGAUGGCCAGGAAGUGGUAGCCUUGCUCUCAGGCCAUCUGGAUCUGGACUCAGAGCUCGCGGGCCCGGAGGAGGAUACGAUAUCGCCAGACGACAUGGCUAGCUUGCGCAAGGCUUUAUUCGGAAAUCAAGACGAUCUCAGCACCAGCCCCUCGCCUAUUGCGUGGGAUCACGCGCUCAACUUCAUCCCGCCCUCCUUGCUCGGGUUUCCAACGGCGUCAAGUACGAGGGAUCUGCUGGGCACGGACGACGUGAGUGAGGGCUGGGAGACAUGGAUCGAUCAGUGGUCUCGCGUGUUGACCGGCUAUCACGACGAGGUUUGGGGAGACCUGGGCGCGCUGGUGGAGGAAGCGAAGAAGGAGGUAAAACAACUAGAGGAAGUCAAGCCGGGCGAAAGGCCGCCGGAGCCAACAGCUCUCUUGCGGCUCCGCGCCAUUCUCGGACAUUUGCGGGGAGCAUAGCGGAGGGGAUUCGGGAACGUCCAGACAAGAGUCACGGCCCGUUCAGAAACAGCCCCGGUUCAACGGUCAUGGGCACGUUGAUUGUGUGUUAUCGCCCGGAUACUGAAAUGACUGAACCCCGUGUACCCGCCAUCUCAGUUGCUAGGAGUUGAAGUAGUCGACGUGCCAUCGAGCCCCACGGAGAAGAACAGCAAGCAUCAUAGCUUCAUAUGAGAAUGCCGACGGUGGGGUUCCA